UAAAAGCGGUUUUGCGAGAAUUUUAACGACAGGGAAUCCCUCAUCCGACGAGUCAAGCUGACAGGGAUAGAUAGAGACUUUCGCUAAAAAAUGAUAAUUAUGCUCUGGUAUGGAAACGGGGCGGUUCCCCUCUCUAAGCUGUCAAGGUGCACGUGAGCAGCAGCUACACGGGGUUUUUGAUGUUGGCAUUUGGCGUACCCCUCUCCUGUCUUCUCCCCUCACUCCACAUAUUUCCACGUUAAAUGCCGCUUCACCCGCAAUAGUACUCACCACCCCGCGUAUGCCUCUACCCUCCGUCUCAAACAUCGAAAAGACCAAGUAGAUAAUGUUCCUAAAAAAGCCUAGAAGUGAAGUAUUGUCAAUACAAAAACGACCUGUAA